CUGUAUGGAGACCAAUUGGGGUCAAAAAGGACUGCAAACACAAAAGACAUACCAUUAUCUUCAACUCAAAAAGAGUUCGUAAUUCCUCAUGUUUUAUGUUUUUCGAUCUCUGACAAGCUACAAUUGAGGUUUUAUAUAAAAAUGUGACCUUACAGUGUUCAUUUUGGCAAAUUUCACGGAAACCAAUGCGGGUCACGCCCCACACGAAUGGAUGAACAUAUCCAUAUUUUAGGCUUAUGAGCUCAUCGGAUUCAGGGGUCAGACAGUAUCCCAAAAUGCUCUCUGCCAUCUCGUUUCCUCUCACAGGCUUCGGUCUGGCCUUCAACCUCCAGCCGGCGCUAACGAUGAUCGGGAAGUACUUCUACAAGAAGCGUCCAAUCGCUAACGGCUUCGCCAUGGCUGGCAGUCCCGUGUUCCUCAGCACGCUAGCGCCGCUCAACCAGUAUCUGAUCAAUGAGUACGGAUGGAGGGGAAGCUUCCUGAUCCUCGGCGGGCUCCUGCUGAACUGCUGUGUGGCCGGAUUGCUCAUGAGGCCCCUGAUGGCCCCGGCAAACCCAGCCAGAGCGCUGGAGGGGAAACCGCCGGUGGUCAAGACAGAGAAGGCCACUGCCUGGCAGACGGUCAAUAAGUACCUGGAUCUGUCGCUCUUCAAGCACCGCGGCUUCCUCAUCUACCUGUCAGGAAACGUCAUCAUGUUUCUGGGCUUCUUCGCUCCCAUCGUCUUCCUGUCGCCGUAUGCCAAAGACAACGGAGUGGACGAGUAUCGAGCGGCCUUCCUGCUGUCCAUCCUGGCUUUUGUGGACAUGUUCGCUCGGCCGACAAUGGGCCUGCUGGCGAACUCACGCUGGGUCCGUCCGCGGAUCCAGUACUUCUUUAGCUUGGCCGUGCUGUAUAAUGGCGUGUGUCACCUGCUGUGUCCGCUGGUGGAGAGCUACACCGGGAUGGUGGUGUACUCCGUCUUCUUUGGCUUCGCCUUCGGGAUGGUGAGCGCCGUCCUGUUCGAGACGCUGAUGGACCUGGUGGGAGCGCAGCGGUUCUCCAGCGCCGUGGGGCUCACCACCAUCGUGGAGUGCUGUCCGGUGCUCAUCGGCCCGCCGCUGGCAGGGAAGCUAGUGGACAUCACAAAGAACUAUAAGUACAUGUACCUGUGCUGCGGGUCAGUGGUUGUCCUGUCCAGCAUCUGGCUCUUCAUCGGCAACUUCAUCAACUAUCGGCUGCUGGAGCGCGAGCGCAAACACAUGCAAGAUGAGAUGUACAAACGCGCCGACCGCGAGGAGCAGGAGCGGGAACAGACGGAGACUGACACAGACGUGACACAGGAGCUCUGCGAGAACAAAGACGGCAUCAUGCAACACGAAACCAACAUCUGAACACCUAUGCAAACAGUGCACUCUGAAGAAACUGCCAAAGAGAUCCAGUCAAGUCGACGAGCUUCAUUAGGCUAAGUUCACAUGCGAGCCUUAGAGCUUUUUCUCAGACCUCAAUUUUUGUUGUGUAGCUAUACACAUUGUUGUUUUAAAUGCGGCCAAUAUCAGAUUUUCAGUGUGAACACAUUAUGGUUCUGAACUGACCUGUUCUGCAUGUGCAAAAGAACGAUACGAACAGGGUUGCCAGGUUUACACAACAAAUUGCUUCUCAAAACUAUUCCAAAACUAGCCCAACCAUGUUCAGGUGAUAAAUAAUGCGGAAGUGGCAUCCCGUCGAUCCACAAAGUUGAAAAACAUCCAGCGGAAACUGUGGAUUUGGCAACAUUUGCGCAGCAUGCCGUAAUAUGAAAGUAAACACGAAGGAUAUAAAGUAACCGAUUAUGCAUUUAUUUAUAGUGUGAUCUCCUACUGAAUCUGGUGAAAUUAUGUGCAGGCAAUAUGAAAACAAAAGACAAGGAUGUGACAAAAAACAGCAGAGUUUUGAAGCUGUUAUGAUUAGUGGUCGACUGAUAUAUCGGCCGAUAUUUGGUGUUUUUCAAAUAUCGGCAUCGGACGAUAAGUUUUUCUGCUUGGCUGGUGUGUUCGAGGAGGGACUUUUAUUUUGACAGCGUGUUCUCUGCAUGCCGGUCGGUCCGUGUGAAUUAAAUGCUUUAAAC